UGGCCAUCGUACAAUACGGACCGGCUGACUGAAGUUAUCAGUGCCAUUCAUUCAGCGGCCGAGGCUAGACAUGCGCGUUCUAAUUUUGUUUUUAUUUGUGUUCGGCGCGCGUUCACUUCGGACCGAUAAACAGUAUUGGCGGGACCUCGCACACGCCGAGUUAGAAGAAGCACUGAAUGUGAAGAAGAAUGAGAACAGAGCCAAGAAUGUGAUAUUAUUCAUAGGGGACGGCAUGGGGCCGAACACCAUCACCGCCACCAGGAUAUACAAGGGUGGGGAGGGGUACAGAAUGGCUUUUGAGGAGUUCCCACAUGUUGGUCUGCUGAAGACAUACUCCGCCAACAAGAUGGUCCCAGACUCCGCGUCAACGGCCACCGCCAUGUUCACCGGCACGAAGGUCAACCAGCGCACCAUCGGCGUCGACGCCACGGUGGCAGCUGAUGACUGCCCUAAAUCUUUAGAUCCUGAGGCGCAGCUGAAGUCACUGGCUGCUGUGGCUUUAGAAGCGGGGAAGAGUGCAGGUUUCGUGACAACGAUGCGAGUAACCCACGCGACCCCCGCUCCACUUUACGCUCACACUUGUAAUCGCCACUGGGAAUGCGAAUCGGUCAUCCCUCAGGAGUCGCGGGCCUGCAAGGACAUCGCCAGGCAGCUGGUGGAGGACUGGCCGGGGAGGGAUCUACAUGUGAUAAUGGGUGGAGGCCGUCAAAUGCUGAUCUCCAACUCCUCAGCCCUCGAAGGCGACCCCAUCAACUUGUGGGGCUGCUACAGUACAGACGGACGCGACCUCAUCCGGGACUGGAAGAUGGAUAAGGAACAGAGGGAGCUGAAGUACAGCGUGGUGCAGAACAAUAGCCAGCUGAGCGGGGUUAACUUUGAUGAUACGGAUUAUUUGAUGGGAAUCUUCGCCAACGGGCACAUGGCGUAUGAAUUCGAGCGGAACCAUGGUCCUGAAGGCAUGCCGUCGAUCAGUGAGAUGGUGGAGGCCGCCAUCAAAGUGCUGCGGAGGAACCCUAAUGGGUACUUCCUUAUGGUAGAAGGUGGCAACAUAGACAUGGCGCACCACCGCGGGCGCGCAAAGACCGCCAUCGACGAAGCCGCGGCCAUGGAAGACGCCGUCCGAAUCGCCGCCUCUAUGACAGAUGAAGCUGAUACGCUCCUCGUGGUUACUGCGGAUCAUACACAUACGCUGUCUAUCAACGGAUAUCCGCUUAGAGGAUCCAAUAUAUUUGGCCACUCCGAAGUAUCCCCCUACGACCACAAGCUCUACACGACACUCUCAUACGGCACGGGCGGGCCGGGCGCCUUGCAUUACCAAGUGGAAGACCAACACGUAGUCCGCAAGGAACCGGGCAACAGUGACGACUUCAUGUAUGAGCAGAUAGCUGGCAUCAUUCUGGAUGAGAACAGCCACGGGGGUGGCGAUACCACGAUAUACGCUAGAGGUCCUAAAUCGCACCUGUUCCACACCGUGCACGAGCAGCACUACGUGUUCCACGCGCUAUGCCGCGCCGCGCAGAUCGGGGAUCACGCUACAGACGCGGCUGCAAACGCCGCGCUUGCGCUCAGUGUGUUAUUGGUUGCAGGCGUAGUACAUUUAAUAUGUUAGCUUAAAUUUUAUUUAGAAAAAAAAAUCUUU